AUGGCGGAAAUUUCGACGGAAACUUCAGCGGGCGCCGUUGCACCACCCGCUGCUGCCCGUGCCUGUGCUGCCCGUGCCUGUGCUGCCCGUGCCUGUGCUGCCCGUUGCCUGUGCUGCCCGUGCCUGCGCUGCCCGUGCCUGUGCUGGCCGUGCCUGUGCUGGCCGUGCCUGUGCUGCCCGUUGCCUGUGCUGCCCGUGCCUGCGCUGCCCGUGCCUGUGCUGCCCGUGCCUGUGCUGCCCGUGCCUGUGCUGCCCGUGCCUGUGCUGCCCGUUGCCUGUGCUGCCCGUGCCUGUGCUGCCCGUGCCUGUGCUGCCCGUGCCUGUGCUGCCCGUGCCUGUGCUGCCCGUGCCUGUGCUGCCCGUGCCUGUGCUGCCCGUGCCUGUGCUGCCCGUGCCUGUGCUGCCCGUUGCCUGUGCUGCCCGUGCCUGCGCUGCCCGUGCCUGUGCUGGCCGUGCCUGUGCUGCCCGUGCCUGUGCUGCCCGUUGCCUGUGCUGCCCGUGCCUGCGCUGCCCGUGCCUGUGCUGCCCGUGCCUGUGCUGCCCGUGCCUGUGCUGCCCGUGCCUGUGCUGCCCGUGCCUGUGCUGCCCGUUGCCUGCGCUGCCCGUGCCUGUGCUGCCCGUGCCUGUGCUGCCCGUGCCUGUGCUGCCCGUGCCUGUGCUACCCGUGCCUGUGCUGCCCGUGCCUGUGCUGCCCGUGCCUGUGCUGCCCGUGCCUGUGCUGCCCGUUGCCUGUGCUGCCCGUGCCUGCGCUGCCCGUGCAUGUGCUAG